AUGCCCAAGUCUGGUCCUGGAGACCACCUAUCCAGCUUGGUCCAGCUCAUCUGCAAGCUCUAUAAACAAUGGACGGCUCUGGAACGCGGGCGGAAGGGGCUGCUGUGUAAAACGCUGAUGGAGCUAGGGGAAGAGGACUUCAAGUUCUUCACAGAUUUGCCUCAAAGGGUACUUGAAACCCCCACCCCAGUGGACAUUGCUGACGAGCUGGUGAAAAAGCAUGGCUCAAACGCUUUGAAAGAGACUGUCGAGAUUCUGGUGAACAUUGGCAACAACAAUUUGGCCGAGAAGCUGCGCAGCGACAUGCUGAAACUAAAAGGUGCUUCUUGCUUCUCCGUCAAUGAUGACGAUCAAAUUACCAGAUUGAAGGCAGACUUGCAAGAAAACCUGCAGCGGUUAUACAGCUUUGCUUCUGAUGGCAACACCAAGCGCUGGCAGCAGCAGCCUCUGGCGGACGUCUACAUGGCACUGGAUGUCGCCUACGAGGGCGACGUCAGCCCUGACGAGCGGCACGAGGUCCUUCAGAUGGAGACUCGUGCUGAGGUGGCCAAGAAGCCUAUCCUGCUGUGCGACAUUUUCAAAACCCAUGGCGGGAAGGAGCGACCGAUACGCACGCUGCUCACCGUCGGCUUCGCAGGAAUCGGAAAAACCUUCCUUGUUCAAAAAUUUGUGUGCGACUGGGCCAGCGGGAAUACCAAUCAGGAUGUGCUAUUUCUAUUUCCCCUAGCCUUCCGAGAGUUGAACACGGAUGAAGGGAAAAGCUUUACACUGGCCGAGCUCAUCCAACGCUACGUCUGCGAGAGCAGGCACAUGAGCAAGGAGACACUGAACAAUAUAUUUGCCUACCUGCAGACAUCCGAGAAGCGGGACUACGAAAGCAGCAGGAUCAAGAUCUUGUUCAUCUUGGACGGACUGGAUGAGUGCAAGUUCAAAAUGGACUUGAAGAAUGAGAUUAAAGUAGACAUGGACGUGACAGAGGCCUACCCGUUGGAGAUACUCCUGGCGCACCUCAUAAAGAGGAACCUGCUUCCCUGCGCCCGGGUUUGGAUCACCACGCGGCCCGCGACGGCCCGCGAUAUCCCCUCCAAUCUCAUCGACAGCAGAACAGAGGUGAGAGGAUUCAGCGAUUCCCAGAGGCUGGAGUACUUCAGGAAAAGGUUCCCAAAUGAGGAGCAUGUCAUUGAGCACAUCCAGGUUUCUCGCAGCAUCUUCAUCAUGUGCCACAUGCCGAUCUUCUGCUGGCUCACCGCCACAGUUAUUCAGGAUCAUUUGGACAAAGAGAAGGGAGAGCUUCCCGAAACGCUGACCAACAUGUUCUCAAAAUAUGUUUUUCGUCACCUCGAAAACUCAAAGGAGAGAGAAACUACUGAGUACAUUGGUGACGUGAAAGCGCUAGCAAGGCUGGCCUUUCACCACACCAUGAGUAGGCAACAGAUCUUCUACGAGAAGGACCUGGUGGACAGUGGCUUUGAUCACAGCCAAGCCGCAAAACACUGCGGAAUAUUCACCAAUGUGUUCAAGGAGGUCCGUCCGCUCAGAAGAAACUUACAGGGCAAGUUGUUUCAGUUCAUACAUCUGACCAUCCAGGAGUAUAUGGCCGCACUCUACGUGAUGAUGAGCCUCUUCCACGACAACAAGAACGUACUGGCUGAUUCAGAGCUGGUGCGGGAAGUUGUUUUCCAAGAAGAAGAAGAAUCAGAAGAAACAGAAUCAGAGGAAGAAGAUGAAACAGAAUCAGAGGAAGAAGGUAAAACAGAAUCAGAGGAAGAAGAUAAAACAGAAUCAGAGGAAGACGUUGCAAUAGAAUCAGAAGAAACGGAAGAAGAUGAAGGUGAUUGGAAAAUCACUGACGUCCACCGGUUCGCUCUCCAAAAGGCAUCAGAAAGUGAAGGAAACCUGGACCUGUUCCUCCGCUUCCUCCUUGGCCUUUCCUUGCCGUGCAACCAGGAACUAGUGGGGGAACUGCUGAAGGCUCCUCAGGACUAUAGGCAAAGCAAGUCAAAGACAGUCGCAUUGAUCAAGGAAAGGUUGAAACGGAACCCUCCGGAGAAGAAUGUCAACAUGAUUUACUGCUUAGAUGAGCUGGAGGAUGACUCCUUGCUGAAGCAGUUCUGGAAGGAAAGAGAGUCAAGAGGUUUUAGGUGGUCCAAAAUGACAAAUGACAUGUGGUCUGCCUUAGCCGCCUACAUAAUGAUGGACGCUGACAUAAUAUUCUCCUAUGACCUUGUCCAACACUGCCUGUGUUCCUUUGAGCUUGGCGAAUACUGCCGAUGGCCGCUGGGGCUCAAGAAGUUAUUGGUGGUGGUCAAGGCUUCUCAAGAAUCAAUUCUAAGUGAUUGUCGCCUGGACAAGGGCAGCUGUCACCUGCUGUCUUCCAUUCUCAGCUCCCCAUCGAACCUGAGGUGUCUGGACCUGGGGAAUAAAAUCCUCUUGAAAGGACUGGCCAGUCCACACUGCAUCUUAGAAUCCCUCAGGCUGCUCGAAUGCGGGAUUACAGCUAAAGGAUGGUUUUCAUUGGCCGAGGCUCUCAAGUUAUACCCCUCCUAUCUUGAAAAACUGAAUCUGAGUGAAAAUGUUCUGUUGGACGAGGGGGUCGAGAUCCUCUCGAAAGGGCUGGCCAGUCCAAACUGCAACUUAAAAAUACUCAGGCUAAAAGACUGCGGGAUCACUGAUAUAGGAUGCAUUUCGCUGGUCGAGGCUCUCAAGUUAAACGCCUUCCAUCUUCAAGAGCUGGACCUGAGCAAGAACAAACUGUUGGAUGAGGGUGUUGAGAUCCUCUCAAAAGAACUGGCCAGUCCAAACUUUAGGCUAAAAAUACUUGACCUGGAUAACUGCGGGAUCACUGAUAUAGGAUGCGUAUCGUUGGCCGAGGCUCUCAAGUUAAACACCUUCCAUCUUCAAGAGCUGCGCCUGGGCAGGAACGAUUUGCUGCACAGAUGCAUGUUCAGGAAGAAAGGAUGGGGUUAUUUGGCUGAGGCUCUCAAGUUAAACCCUUCCCAUCUUCAAGAGCUACACGUGAAAAGUUAUGAUGCGUACUUCUGGGGAAAACAGGCCUUGGAUCACAUCAGUGAUCCCAGCUUUCGCCUGUUAGUCAACAAACAUCCAAACAAUGUUGCUAUGUCUGACGACCGCAAGACCACCGGGUAUCGGCGCUACGGACAAAGCGGGAUGCCGCUACUACUAGCAAACAACAACCUGGCCCUGAACACCACCGAAACCAAAGAGGUCAUCAUUGACUUCGGGAGGAACAGUAUCGACCCGCCGCCCCUGUACAUCAACGGCGGGUGUGUGGAGAGGGUCAACACCUUCAGGUUCCUGGGAGUCCAGAUCUCAGAUGACCUCUCAUGGACAGCAAACAUAACAGCUAUCAUAAAGAAGGCUCAGCCGCGUCUGCGUUUCUUGCGAAUCCUCAGGAAGAACAAGCUGGAAAGGAAGCCGCUGCUGGCCUUCUACCACUCAUCCAUUGAGAGCCUGCUAACAUCCUGCAUUUCCACCUGGUACAGGAACUGCACUGCCGCAGACAGGGAGAGGCCUCAGAGGACAGUCCAGGCAGCGCAGCGGAUCAUAGGCUGA